UUGAUACUUAAUAGUUCACAACCGCGUACCACCGUCACCGGCAUUCACUCAGCUCAACAACACUGAACUAAAAGAAAAUAAAUAAAACAAGGAGAAAGACUAAAAAUUAAGGGCUCUUUUGGAGGAAUCAUAAAUCAGAGAAACUGGAGGAAAGGAUUCGUUGGAACUUGGGUAUUAUGGGUGCUUAAGUCUCAUCGAAUAAUAUGGAAUGCUUGAUAAAGCAUUUAAUGUUUGGCUCUCCCCAUUAAUAAUUUGCUUUUCAGUGUAUAAACCCAAUAUCAUUUGAUUAUUCAAUCCAAAUGGCUGAAGCUUGUAGCUCUCAGACAGAAGCCACAACCAAACUUAUAUACCGGUGUAAGAAAUGCAGAAGAAUUGUUGCUUCAGAGGAAAAUAUAGUUUCCCAUGAGCGUGGGAAAGGAGAAUCAAGCUUCAAGUGGAAAAAGAGAAGCAGUGAAGCCUGGGAAGCGGAAAAGCAACCAGUUGAUUGCACUUCAAUAUUUGUUGAGCCGAUGAAAUGGAUGGAAGCAGUACAAGAAGGUAAUGUGGGAGAUAAACUUCUAUGUAUGGGUUGUAAUGCUCGUUUGGGUAAUUUCAACUGGGCUGGUAUGCAGUGCAGCUGUGGAGCCUGGAUUAACCCUGCUUUUCAGCUGCAUAAAAGCAGGUUAGAUGAGUGUUAUAUGUAAAUCAAUCAACUUGCAGAUUUUCCAGAAGAUCAGAGCUUGCUUGAAAAAAAAAAA